AUGGAUCGUCCACGGCGCAAGCGAACAGUGAAGAAGAUGGCACAAUUUUACCUACCAGUGUUGCUGCUGUUCAUUUCGACCGCACUGUCGGCGGACUGGAGCGCCAGCUGCCUGAGCAACUGCAUCUGCAAAUGGUCGAACGGCAAAAAGUCGGCCAUCUGCAAUGGGGCCGGCUUCACGGCGGUCCCGUCGAACCUGUCCACCGAGCUGCAGGUGCUGGUGCUGAACGACAACAGCAUCCCGUACCUGAACCGCGAGGAGUUCACCUCGCUCGGGCUGGUGAACCUGCAGAAGGUGCACCUGAAGCACUCGCGCGUCAAAUACCUGCACCGGGAGGCGUUCAAGAACCUCAAGAUCCUGGUCGAGGUGGACCUGAGCGAGAACGAGAUCGAAACGCUGGACAAGCAAACGUUCGCCGGCAACAACCGGUUGCGCAUCAUUAACCUGUACGAGAACCCGAUCAAGAUACUGGUCGCCGAGCAGUUCCCGGUCCUGCCGUACCUGCGCAACAUCGACCUGCACAGCUGCCAGCUGCGGUACGUGGCGGAGACGGCGUUCUCCAACCUGGACCUGCUCGAGUUUCUCGAUCUGUCCCGCAACCGGCUGGAGAACCUGCCGCACCACGUCUUCAACCACAUGAAGAACCUGAAGACCCUGAUCCUGGAAGAGAACUGGUGGAACUGUGACUGCCACCUGCGCGACUUCCGCAACUGGUACUUGAACAGCUCGCUGAACCGGCGCAGCCUGGUCUGCCAGCGGCCGCUCGCCCACAAGGGCCUCUCGUGGGACUACCUGGAGGCGGACCAGUUCGGGUGCAUGCCGAUGGUGGAGAUCUUUCGCGACGAGUACGAGAUCGAGGACCUCGGUACGAACAUCACGUACAAGUGUAUGGUGGCGGGCGACCCGGAACCGACCGUACGCUGGGACGUGAACGGGAAGGACGUGGACCAGGACAAUGCGAUCAUCGAGACGGAGCGCCACAUCGCGUACGAUGGCAGCGUGACGAUCUGGAGCAACCUCACCAUCCUGAACGUGACGAACAAUGACUCCGGGUUCUACACCUGCACCGCCCAGAACCGGAUCGGGUUGGUGUGCAAAAACUUUAGCCUCGUCCUGCCGGAAGUGGUCGAGCGGGUGAUCAUCAAGACGCCCGAAACGUUCUGGUACUUCGGCUUGAUCCUGGGCAUCUUCGGUACCAUCUUCGGGCUGCUGGCGCUCUCGGUGGUGGUCUGCCUGGUGAAGCGCAAGCUGCGGAUGCGGCGCCGCCGGAAAACGAUCAAGAGCAGCGUCAGCUUCAACGACCAGGAGAAGAAGCUGCUAGACCUGAGCAUCACGACGAACGAGCGGCAGGAGUUUAGCGCGAGCGACGUCAUGACACCGUCGACCAAGACCGACUCGACCAUCGCCAUGGAACCGGUCCAGAUCACGAUCGAGUCGAUCGCGACGGCCGCGGCCAAGCGCGAGGAGUUCCCGGGGCUCAACCUAGGCGUGUUCCCGCCGCCGCCCGAGUUCUGCACGCAGAUGAUCUCGAACCCGACGUUCAGCAACAUCUACAUCUCCGUGUCGGUGACGCAGGACCCGCUCGACAGUGGCGAGGUGAACAUCUACCCGGACCUGCUGAACAUACCGAACCGGCCGAUGCCCAAGCUGCCGCCCGUCAGCGUCGCCUCGUACGCCACGCUGCCCCGCAAGGGCGGAGGAGCGAGCUCGCGCGCGGCUGUCACGGCCGCCGGUUCGCCUGCGGCCGCCGCCGCCGCCGCCGCCGCGGCGGCGUCCCACGUCACCACGAUCGCCCAGCCGGCGCCGCCGAUGGGCGCCGGUUCGCCGCUCACCUGCACCGCCGGCCUAAGCUCGACGGAGGGGCCGCUCGCGCUCACGGACAGCAUCGUCAAUUACGGGCAGGUCACGCUGCGCGACGACGGGUGCGAACUGUCCUCGCCGGUCUCCAGUCUGCCACCGGCGCCCGUCAGUAUGUGCGCCGAGUGCAGCAAAGCGAUCAAUUCGACGACUGCGGCGGCGGCGGUUGCGUCGUUCGGACCCUCGACGGUCAAGUACGCCGGGGCCCGGCUGCUGCCGGGCGAGCUGACCGUGCUGCCGGGCAUCAAGUGCGAGAACACGCUGCCGUGUCUGAAGUACGACAACAUGGGCCGCCGGUACACGGCCAGCGGUAACUCGACCCUGUCGCUCCCGGACGACCUGAAACCGACCGUCGGCAGCCCGUUCGUCAAGCAGGACAUCGACCCGAUCGUCGAAGAUGAGGCGGCGGCGGCGGCCCACCACCACGAUCAUCCCCACGAUCAUCCCCACGAUCAUCAUGGUCUGGAUGCGCAAGCGGCCCAGACCUCGCUGGUGAUCUCGUUAGCGGACGGGUCUUCCGGGGCAGCCAUGCACCAACAACCGGGGUCAGGUCCGGUUUCCGGUUUGUACGGAGCGGGUGGUGACUUUGUUUCCUUGUAG